GCUCUACACAAGCUGGCCAAUCAGUACCUGAAGAGGGAAUGGCCAGCCAGCCUACCAGAGGAGCCCACAGACCACAGGUAAGACCUCUCGGCAAAGAGUGGCAUCAUCAGAAAUCUCAUCGUCACUGUGGAAUCAUCAGAAAUCUUAUUGUCAAUUAUUGUCACUCUCUCCCCCUCAAGUGAAAUGGACAAAAAUGUGUUAUUUCUCCAUAAUUAUGCUUACCAGUAUGUAUACAGUUAUGCACAAGUGUAACAUGUAAACAACAAGGUAGAACAUGUCAAAUGUAUUUGUCUCCAUAACAGUUUAACGUUUGUCCCUGUGUGUGUGUGUGCGCGCGUGCGCGCCUGUGUGCACGUGUGCGUGUCGUCACAGGAACAUGUACACGGUUUGGAAGGCCUACCUGGAGGGCACGGUGCAGCUGACCCAGUCCAGGAUCACGGCCUGUGAGAACUACAGGAACCAGGUGUCGGACCCGGCCAAGACUGCCAGGCUGCAGAAGGAGCAGCAGCUCAGGAAGGUAUGGAGGCCAAACCACCACAACACGGCUUAGUUUUGCAUAGUUUGCAGACUCUCUCCUCUCCCAUGUCUUACAUUGGAUGCAUGUCUCCAUUUAUACAGUUGGUGAGUUGAAACCACUGAAACAAUUCAGGAUAUGUGUUUUUUUCUGCCUUCUAAGGGGAGCUACGCUGUUCUUUGGAUACCAACCAGUGUAUUUACAGUGCCUUCAGAAAGUAUUCACACCCCUGGACUUUUUCCACAUUUUGUUGUGUUACAGCCUGAAUUAAACAUUUUAUUAAAUGUAGAUUUUUUUGGUCACUGGCCUACACACAAUACCCCAUAAUGUCAAUGUGGAAUUAUGUUUUUCGAAAUGUUUACAAAUUAAUUAAAAAUGAAAAGCUGAAAUGUGUUGAGUCAAUAAGUAUUCAACCCCUUUGUUAUGGCAUGCUUAAAUAAAUUCAGGAGUAAAAAUGUGCUUAACAAGUCACAUAAUAAGUUGCAUGGACUCACUCUGUGUGCAAUAAUAGUGUUUAACAUUAUUUUUGAAUGACUACCUCAUCUCUGUACCACACACAUCUGUAAGGUCCCUCAGUCGAGCAGCGAAUUUCAAACACAGAUUCAACCACAAAGACCAGGGAGGUAUUCAAAUGCCUCGCAAAGAAGGGCACCUAUUGGUAGAUGCGUUAAAAUAUAUAUAUAUAUAUAUAUAUAUAUACAGUGGGGGAAAAAGUAUUUAGUCAGCCACCAAUUGUGCAAGUUCUCCCACUUAAAAAGAUGAGAGAGGCCUGUAAUUUUCAUCAUAGGUACACGUCAACUAUGACAGACAAAUUGAGAGAAAGAAUUCCAGAAAAUCACAUUGUAGGAUUUUUUUAUGAAUUUAUUUGCAAAUUAUGGUGGAAAAUAAGUAUUUGGUCACCUACAAACAAGCAAGAUUUCUGGCUCUCACAGACCUGUAACUUCUUCUUUAAGAGGCUCCUCUGUCCUCCACUCGUUACCUGUAUUAAUGGCACCUGUUUGAACUUGUUAUCAGUAUAAAAGACACCUGUCCACAACCUCAAACAGUCACACUCCAAACUCCAUUAUGGCCAAGACCAAAGAGCUAUCAAAGGACACCAGAAACAAAAUUGUAGACCUGCACCAGGCUGGGAAGACUGAAUCUGCAAUAGGUAAGCAGCUUGGUUUGAAGAAAUCAACUGUGGGAGCAAUUAUUAGGAAAUGGAAGACAUACAAGACCACUGAUAAUCUCCCUCGUUCUGGGGCUCCACGCAAGAUCUCACCCCGUGGGGUCAAAAUGAUCACAAGAACGGUGAGCAAAAAUCCCAGAACCACACGGGGGGACCUAGUGAAUGACCUGCAGAGAGCUGGGACCAAAGUAACAAAGCCUACCAUCAGUAACACACUACGCCGCCAGGGACUCAAAUCCUGCAGUGCAAGACGUGUCCCCCUGCUUAAGCCAGUACAUGUCCAGGCCCGUCUGAAGUUUGCUAGAGUGCAUUUGGAUGAUCCAGAAGAGGAUUGGGAGAAUGUCAUAUGGUCAGAUGAAACCAAAAUAGAACUUUUUGGUAAAAACUCAACUCGUCGUGUUUGGAGGACAAAGAAUGCUGAGUUGCAUCCAAAGAACACCAUACCUACUGUGAAGCAUGGGGGUGGAAACAUCAUGCUUUGGGGCUGUUUUUCUGCAAAGGGACCAGGACGACUGAUCCGUGUAAAGGAAAGAAUGAAUGGGGCCAUGUAUCGUGAGAUGUUGAGUGAAAACCUCCUUCCAUCAGCAAGGGCAUUGAAGAUGAAACGUGGCUGGGUCUUUCAGCAUGACAAUGAUCAUAAACACACCGCCCGGGCAACGAAGGAGUGGCUUCGUAAGAAGCAUUUCAAGGUCCUGGAGUGGCCUAGCCAGUCUCCAGAUCUCAAACCCAUAGAAAAUCUUUGGAGGGAGUUGAAAGUCCGUGUUGCCCAGCGACAGCCCCAAAACAUCACUGCUCUAGAGGAGAUCUGCAUGGAGGAAUGGGCCAAAAUACCAGCAACAGUGUGUGAAAACCUUGUGAAGACUUACAGAAAACGUUUGACCUGUGUCAUUGCCAACAAAGGGUAUUUAACAACGUAUUGAGAAACUUUUGAUAUUGACCAAAUACUUAUUUUCCACCAUAAUUUGCAAAUAAAUUCAUUAAAAAUCCUACAAUGUGAUUUUCUGGAUUUUUUUUUUCUUCUCAUUCUGUCUGUCAUAGUUGACGUGUACCUAUGAUGAAAAUUACAGGCCUCUCUCAUCUUUUUAAGUGGGAGAAGUUGCACAAUUGGUGGCUGACUAAAUACUUUUUUUCCGCACUGUAUAUCCCUUUGAGCAUGGGGAAGUUAUUAAUUACACUUUGGAUGGUGUAUCAAUACACCCAGUCACUACAAAGGUACAGGCGUCCCUCCUAACACAGUUGCCGGAGAGGAAGGAAACCACUCAAGGAUUUCACGAGGCCAACUUUAAAACAGUUACAGAGUUUAAUGGCUGUGAUGGGAGAAAACUGAGGAUGGAUCAACAUUGUAGUUACUCCACAAUACUAACCAAAUUGACAGAGUGAAAAGAAGUCUGUACAGAAUAUAAAUAUUCCAAAACAUGCAUCCUGUUUUCAACAAAGCACUAAAGUAAUACUGCAAAAAAUGUGGCAAAGCAAUUAACACUUUGUAUUUAGGACUUAAAGUUAUGUUUGGGGCAAAUCCAAUACAACACAUUACUGAGUACCACUCUCCAUAUUUUCAAGCGUAGUGGUGGCUGCAUCAUGCUAUGGGUAUGCUUGUAAUCAUUAAGGACUGGGGAGUUUUUCAGGAUAAAAAAGAAAUGGAAUGGAGCUCAGCACAGGCAAAAUCCUAGAGAGAACCUGGUUCAGACUGCUUUCCACCAGACACUGGGAGAUGAAUUCACUUUUCAGCAGGACAAAAACCUAAAACACAAGGCCAAAUCUACAGUACAGUUGCUUACCAAGAAGUCAGUGAAUGUUCCUGAGUGGCCGAGUUACAGUGCAUUCGGAAAGUAUUCAGACCCCUUUACUUUUUCCACAUUUUGUUACGUUACAGCCUUAUUCUAAAAUGAAUUUAAAACUUCCCUUAUCAAUCUACACACAAUACCCCAUAAUGACAAAGCAAAACAGGUUUUUAGACAUUUUAGAAAAUGUAUUUAAAAUAAAAGAAAUUAUAUCACAUUUACAUAAGUAUUCAGACCCUUUACUCAGUACUUUGUUGAAGCACCUUUGGCAGCGAUUACAGCCUCGAGUCUUCUUGGGUAUGAUGCUACAAGCUUGGCACACCUGUAUUUGGGGAGUUUCUCUCAUUAUUUUCUGCAGAUCCUCUCAAGCUCUGUCAGGUUGGAUGGGGAGCGUCACUGUACAGCUAUGGUCUAUCUAGAGAUGUUCGAUCUGGUUCAAGUCUGGGCUCUUGCUGGGCCAUUCAAGGACAUUCAGAGACUUGUCCCGAAGCCACUCCUGCGUUGUCUUGGCUGUGUGCUUAGGGUUGUUGUCCUGUUGGAAGGUGAACCUUCGCCCCAGUCUGAGGUCCUGAGUGCUCUGGAGCAGGUUUUCAUAUAGGAUCUCUCUAUUUUUCUCCGUUCAUCUUUCCCUCGAUCCUGACUAGUCUCCCAGUCCCUGCCGCUGAAAAACAACCCCACAGCAUGAUGGUGCCACCACCAUGCUUCACUGUAGGAAUGAUACCAGGUUUCCUCCAGAAGUGACGCUUGGCAUUCAGGCCAAAGAGUUCAAUCUUGGUUUCAUCAGACCAGAGAAUCUUGUUUCUCAUGGUCUGAGAGUCAUUUAGGUGCCUUUUGGCAAACUCAAACCGGGCUGUCGUGUGCCUUUUACUGAGGAGUGGCUUCCGUCUGGCCACUCAACCAUAAAUACUUGAUUGGUGGAGUGCUGCAGAGAUGGUUGUCCUUCUGGAAGGUUCCCCCAUCUCCACAGAGGAACUCUGGAGCUCUGUCAGUGUGACCAUCGGGUUCUUGGUCACCUCCCUAACCAAGGCCCUUCUCCCCCAAUUGCUCAGUUUGGCUUGGCGGCCAGCUCUAGGUAGAGUAUUGUUGGUUCCAAACUUCCAUUUAAGAAUGAUGGAGGCCUCUUUUCUUGUGGACCUUCAAUGCUGCAGAAAUGUGUUUGUACCCUUCCCCAGAUCUGUGCCUCGACACAAUCCUGUCUCAGAGCUCAACGGACAAUUCCUUCGACCUCAUGGCUUGGUUUUUGCUCUGACAUGCACUGUCAACUGUGGGACCUUAUAUAGACAGGUGUGUGCCUUUCCAAAUCAUGUCCAAUCCAAUUGAAUUUAUCACAGGAGAACUCCAAUCAAGUUGUAGAAACAUCUCAAGGAUGAUCAAUGGAAACAGGAUGCACCUGAGCUUAAUUUCAUCUCAUAGAAAAGGGUCUGAAUACCUAUGUAAAUAAGGUAUUUCUGUUUUAAUUUUUAAUAAAUGUGCAAAGUUUCUAAAAACCUAUUUUCUCUUUGUCAUUAUGGGGUAUUGAUGAGGAAGAAUAAUAAUUUUAUCAAUUUUAGAGUACGGUUGUAAUGUAACAAUGUGGAGAAGGGGUCUUUCCGAAUGCACUGUACACUUUUGACUUAAAUCUACUUGAAGAUCUAUGGCAAUACAUGCAAAUGGUGGUCUAGCAAUGAUCAACAACCAAUUUGACAGAGCUUGACGAAUUUUGAAAAUAGUAAUGGGCAAUUGUUGCACAACCCAGGUGUGGAAAGAGUCGAGCAUGGCGUUUGCAACAUCAGGGUUGUGGGUUCGAUUCCCACGGGGGGCCAGUAUGAAAAUGUAUGCACUAACUGUAAGUCGCUCUGGAUAAGAGCGUCUGCUGAAUGACUAAAAUGUAAAUGGAAAGCUCUUAUAGACUUACCCAGAAAGACUCACAGGUGUAAUCUCUACUAAAGGUGCUUCUACAAAGUAUUGACUCGGGUGUGAAUACUUAUGUAAAUGAGAUACUGUAUUUCAUUUUCAAUACAUUUGCAAACAUUUCUAAAAACAUGUUUUCACUUCGACAUUAUAGGGUAGUGUGUGUGUGUGUGUGGAUGGAUGGGAGAGAAAAAAUAAUAUUUUAACCCAUUUUGAAUUCAGGCUGUAACACAACAAAUCUGGAAUAAGUCAAGGGGUAUGAAUAGUUUCUGUACACAGCCUAUCGAAAGAUUUUGCAAUGGAUUAUUGUGUUCUCAUUGGACAGGUUCAGGUAGUAUCCUCCCCCUUUACUCCAUUCAGAGACGUUUUCGCCCGACUGAAUAUGCCCGUGCUUCCCUAAUUUUUAUUUUAUUUUAUAACUUUUUUUUUUCUCCUUUAUUUAACUAGGCAAGUCAGUUAAGAACAAAUUCUUAUUUGCAAUGACGGCCUACACCGGCCAAACUCGGACGACGCUGGGCCAAUUGUGCGCCGCCCUACGGGACUCCCAAUCAUGGCCGGUUGUGAUACAGCCUGGAGUCGAACCAGGAGGUCUGUAGUGACGCCUCAAGCACUGAGAUGCAGUGCCUUAGACCACUGCGCCACUCGGGAGCUACUUGGCCACAUUGCUUCCCUACCUAUUGGUCAGGCUUUGAACAACACUUGGUCUCUAGUUACCUCGGUCCAGUCUCCACAUUCCACUGGCUACCAUCAACGAGCACCCUCUUGUUCACCCUGACUAACAUAAUAAGAAUAUUAUGUUAGCUCUUAGUACGUCUUAGAAUGGGUUACCAAUAGACAGGCAUGCAUUUCCAGGCAUGUUAACUGUAUUGGCAAUGCAUCUGAAUAUAGCCGAGUAUUAGGGAUAUGCAUCUCCCUUUCAAGACGAUUCGAUUCAUAUCUAGAUACAUGGGCUCCGAUAUGAUACAGGAACGAUACGUUUUAGUUUGAAACGAUUCAGUGCAAUUCGGUUUGAUUAGAGAACAAAUCGAUUUGAUGCAUUAACAUUUGUUGCAUAAACACAUUCAUUUUCCAUUCUAAAUUAAAAUCUGCUGCUUAUGGAGCUAAUGAGCUGGGCCUCUGAGCUGGAUCUGUCUGAGAUUACUUCUGUAUGUGUUAGGGAGUAAUAUUUUCCCGAGAAUCUACCAAGUUUCAAUACCAGGAAUAAUUCAUAUUUACCUUAGUCCCAGGAAAUACCGUAAAAAUCGGAAGUGCCCAUUUUAAAGCGUUUAAAACCAAGAUAUGGUCACAAUACCAGGGUUCUCCCAAAAUAAGACAGGUGCUGCGCCACAUUGUAAAGACUUUGUUGUGAAUUGCGAAACAGGCCCUUCAUAAAUUCUGAGUUUUAUGAUGUUGCUCAAUUAAUUCAGCGCAUUUCAGCAGUAGGCCUAGACUAUCUUGUCACAGUGCGCGCUCAGAAUAUUUCCUAUUUGGCUAAAUCGAGUUGAUGAUUUUAUGGAUAGCAAAUCAGCUCAUAAAUAAUUGGGAGAUGAAGAGAGGAAAUUGUUUUAAAUAUCAAGGUAUCUUAACGGGGACCAACUCUAUAAAAAACAAAAUAUAUCUAUUGUAAUACUGUUUCUUGAUCACAAAUUCUCUACCGAAGCUCUCAUAUGAGCAGCAAUACGAGACCGCGCAGAGAAGUGGGGGAAAUGUUAUAGCUGUAUUUUGACAUGCAUAGGCGAGACGUGCUUUGAUAAUGCAACCUAUGGAUUACAGAAUAAAGUUUGGAAUUAUGCGAGACAGGAGUCAGGAUUUUGGGUUUCAGUGGGAUUGGGACAACAGGAAAAUAGCCUAUAGGCUCUAUAUGAGGCCAUAUAAGGCUACUACGUGAGUCAAUAUAUUAAAUAAUACACUUGAUUUAGGCUACAUUGUUGCAUGCUAAAUGUUUCUGAUCAGUGAAAGAUGAGCAAACGAAGCCAGAGAUCAAUUAACCAAAUAUACAGACAGAUUCAGUGAAACAAAAUCACAUUGAUUAUCAGACAAGUCACAGGUUUUUGGUCAGGAGUAGGACAGGCUAAAGAGCAAAAUCCACUUGUAUAACAUGCUAGACAUUUUUUCUAAUCAGCUAAUAUAUGAGCAAACUAGAAUAAAAAUGAUCAUUAGUACUCACCUUAACUUAGCUAGCAUUUCCCUAGCCUAAUUACUAAAUAUCCAAACGGAGAUUCAGUGAAAACAAAAAUCUGACAUUGAUUGAUUUAUCUAGACGAGUACCCCCCACUCCUGUCUCAAAGUAGCACGAUGGCGCUGUUCCAAACAAAACGGUGCUGAAAUAAUAAUCUAGGUGACCACACAUGACUAUUGCUUUAAAGUAGUAUAACGGAUUGAUAUGACUUUGGGAGUUUCAGUACAAGCAAGAAUGUGAUACAUGCCUUCAAUUGCAUUAGCCGACUUUAUUCCAAUAUUUUCAUAAUUCAGCUGAUCAUAACUAAGGUGAGUUUUCCUCUUUCUGCGCUUUUUCUAGGCCCAAUGGCUGUUUCCUCGUCUCCUCACUCCGCUGCAUUGUUCUCAACACCAGUUUAAAUCAAUAUAGCCUACUGUUUUCAAAACAUUUGUAUUUUUUUCGGGUUCGGGCUCAUUUAAUUUCUGUGAUGUCGGACCAGGGCUCGGGCUUCAGCUCACCGGGCUUGGGUUCUGACGAGAACUCUACACUGCAUUCUAAAGGCUUCCAUGCGACAACUUGUUUGGAUAAUGUGGGGGGAAAAAACUACAUUUUUGCCAAUCUGCUGCUGCGCAUGUUGUGUAUUUUGUGGAAUUGCAGCAGUGCGAUAUUGGCGUAAAAUGUUGUAAUAUCCAGGGUCAUUUUUUAAAAAUCUGGAAAUGUGAAGUGUUCCUGGGAUCCCGGUUACCGGUGUUAAUCCCUAGUAUGUGUGCGUGUGUAAAUGAUGCAUGUCUGUGGCAUAUGUACUAUGUCGACAUGGCCAUACUCGUAAUCGUAUCCGUAAAUUGACAGUUGAUAAUUGGUUCGGAUGGUACUUGUGAUUGGAAAAAACUGAAGUGUUUUAAUAUGCCUAAAUAGAUGUCAAAAUACCUCCCUGCACAUUCUCACUGCAAAAAAAGGUGCAGAUGAGGAGCAGCGCACGGAGGGGUGGGGGUGUGUGUCCUCAGUUCGCAGCGGGCAGCCAAGUUUCCUGUAACUCAGUCAGAAUGCACAUCAGCGGUUCAUCUUUUUCCCUACCCUUGCCCUGCUUGUUAGAUAUUAUGCACAUUGAUAGCUUGAUAGCAAACGUCCUCGUAAUGUGAUUUAUCAUAGUAGCAGGCAGCAGCAAUCUAACUGAUCAAACCAAAAAACAUGCGAGGAAAACUGAUCGGGUGAAAUCAUGAAGCGAGUGGACGGAGAAAUACAGCUUCACUCUAUCCAAUCAGAGCAACAGGAUCAACGUACAGCCCGCCCUUCUCUUUACAGACAGACAGUUGAUUUAUUUAGACCACGUAGAACCUUGCACAUGACUGACUGACAAGAGAAAGUUGUGUACUGGCACACAAAAAGUACUUUUUUCCCUAUCACAGAUAAUAAUAAAAAAGAUACUUGAAGCAUAAUCGUAUCCAGAAAAUUGUCUAUCCGUUACGAUACUCGUUUUGUCCGACUACUGGAGGCACCUGAUCUGAGCCAUAAGGGAGACUAGGCAUCUACCACCCCACUACCACUAACAGAUUGGGGGGAGCAAUAUAUAUGCAUUUUUUUUGUCCCCCCACUUUGCUUCUGAAAUCACCAUCACCCACUAAUUAACUUGUCAUUUUUGCAGAUUAAGUAUUUGAGCUACUAAUGUAUCAAUAUUUAUUGUUUACAAAUUAGCUAUGACAUAGCCAAUGAAUAUAUACAGGGAGGGGAAAAAAGUAUUUGAUCCCCUGCUGAUUUUGUACGUUUGCCCACUGACAAAGAAAUGAUCAGUCUAUAAUUUUAACGGUAGGUUUAUUUGAACAGUGAGAGACAGAAUAACAACAAAAUAAUCCAGAAAAACGCAUGUCAAAAAAAUGAUUAUGUUAUAAAUUGAUUUGCAUUUUAAUGAGGGAAAUAAGUGUUUGACCCCCUCUCAAUCAGAAAGAUUUCUGGCUCCCAGGUGUCUUUUAUACAGGUAACGAGCUGAGAUAAGGAGCACACUCUUAAAGGGAGUGCUCCUAAUCUCAGUUUGUUACCUGUAUAAAAGACACCUGUCCACAGAAGCAAUCAAUCAAUCAGAUUCCAAACUCUCCACCAUGGCCAAGACCAAAGAGCUCUCCAAGGAUGUCAGGGACAAGAUUAUAGACCUACACAAGGCUGGAAUGGGCUACAAGACCAUCGCCAAGCAGCUUGGUGAGAAGGUGACAACAGUUGGUGCGAUUAUUCGCAAAUGGAAGAAACACAAAAUAACUGUAAAUCUCCCUCGGCCUGGGGCUCCAUGCAAGAUCUCACCUCGUGGAGUUGCAAUGAUCAUGAGAACGGUGAGGAAUCAGCCCAUAACUACACGGGAGGAUCUUGUCAAUGAUCUCAAGGCAGCUGGGACCAUAGUCACCAAGAAAACAAUUGGUAACACACUACGCCGUGAAGAACUGAAAUCCUGCAGCGCCCGCAAGGUCCCCCUGCUCAAGAAAGCACAUAUACAUGCCCGUCUGAAGUUUGCCAAUGAACAUCUGAAUGAUUCAGAGGAGAACUGGGUGAAAGUGUUGUGGUCAGAUGAGACCAAAAUGGAGCUCUUUGGCAUCAACUCAACUCGUCGUGUUUGGAGGAGGAGGAAUGCUGCCUAUGACCCCAAGAACACCAUCACCACCGUCAAACAUGGAGGGGGAAACAUUAUGCUUUGGGGGUGUUUUUCUGCUAAUGGGACAGGACAACUUCACCGCAUCAAAGGGACGAUGGACGGGGCCAUGUACCGUCAAAUCUUGGGUGAGAACCUCCUUCCCUCAGCCAGGGCAUUGAAAAUGGGUCGUGGAUGGGUAUUCCAGCAUGACAAUGACCCAAAACACACAGCCAAGGCAACAAAGGAGUGGCUCAAGAAGAAGCACAUUAAGGUCCUGGAGUGGCCUAGCCAGUCUCCAGACCUUAAUCCCAUAGAAAAUCUGUGGAGGGAGCUGAAGGUUCGAGUUGCCAAACGUCAGCCUCAACCUUAAUGACUUGGAGAAGAUCUGCAAAGAGGAGUGGGACAAAAUCCCUCCUGAGAUGUGUGCAAACCUGGUGGCCAACUACAAGAAACGUCUGACCUCUGUGAUUGCCAACAAGGGUUUUGCCACCAAGUACUAAGUCAUGUUUUGCAGAGGGGUCAAAUACUUAUUUCCCUCAUUAAAAUGCAAAUCAAUUUAUAACAUUUUUGACAUGUGUUUUUCUGGAUUUUUUGUUUGUUAUUCUGUCUCUCGCUGUUCAAAUAAACCUACCAUUAAAAUUAUAGACUGACCAUUUCUUUGUCAGUGGACAAACGUACAAAAUCAGCAGGGGAUCAAAUACUUUUUUCCCUCACUGUAUCACAAUUUUGGAUUUCACCUCCAUCUCAAAAUCAAAUGGUUUUGACCGUUUUGAAGUUUUUAGUGAGCUUCUUUUCUCCUCCUGCUUUGGCCAUGCAGUACGCCUCGCAAAGUGAUUUCUGUCCUCGUUAUGAAAUUAUGAACUUUACCCUGUAUAUCCAAAAAUUACUAUAUACACUGAUUCUUUAAAGCAAAACUAUUGCUGAUGGUGAACCUGAACAAUCAAAAUAAAAUUGUUUGUAAGUCUAGUUCAGCACGUAGCCUAUAGCCAGAUGAGUUGUCUCUGGUAGCUUACUUUUAUUCUGGUAAAGCACCAUUUUCAACAAUUCAUAGAUAACAAUAACCUAGCAAAUUACAUAGGUUGUCACUCAACUAAUAAGGCCUAAUAACGCUCAAGACAUUUUAGCAUUUGAAUAAUGAAGGUGCCGCAUACCUUAGGUGAAUCGUUACAUCCCUACCAAGUAUUUCUUACAUAUUUAAUAACUCUAUGUCAUCACUUGUUUGUCCAGUGUAUUGAUUAGCUGACAUGUACACUAAAUUACCAAAAGUAUGUGGAGACCUGCUCGUCGAACAUCUCAUUCCAAGAUCAUGGGCAAUAAUAUGGAGUUGGUCCCCCCUUUGCUGCUAUAACAGCCUCCACUCUUCUGGGAAGGCUUUCCACUAGAUGUUGGAACAUUGCUGCAGGGAUUCGCUUCCAUUCAGCCACAAGCAUUUGUGAGGUCGGGCACUGAUGUUUGGUGAUUAGGCCUGGCUCGCAGUCAGCGUUCCAAUUCAUCCCAAAGGUGUUCGAUGGGGUUGAGGUCAGGGCUGUGUGCAGACCAGUCAAGUUCUUCCACACCAAUCUCGACAAACCAUUUCUGUAUGGACCUCGCUUUGUGCAUUCCCCAAACUGUUUCCACGGAGUUGGAAGCACAGAAUCGUCUAGAAUGUAGCGUUAAGAUUUCCCUUUACUGGAACUAAGGGGCCUAGCCCGACCCCAGACCUUUAUUCCUCCUCCACCAAACUUUACAGUUGGCACUAUGCAUUCGAGCAGGUAGCGUUCUUCUGGCAUCCGACAAACCCAGAUUCGUCCGUCGAACUGCCAGAUGGUGAAGCGGGAUUCAUCACUCCAGAGAACGCAUUUCCACUGCUCCAGAGUCCAAUGGCUGCGAGCUUUACACCACUCCAGCUGACGCUUGGCAUUGCGCAUGGUGAUCUUAGGCUUUUGUGCGGCAGCUCAGCCAUGGAAACCCAUUUCAUGAAGCUCCCGACAAACAGUUAUUGUGCUGACGUUGCUUUCAGAGGCAGUUUGGAACUCAGUAGUGAGUGUUGCAACCGUGGACAGAUGAUUUUUGUACGCACUAUGUGCUUCAGCCCUUGGCGGUCUCGUUCUGUGAGCUGGUGUGGCCUACCACUUUGCGGCUGAGCCGUUGUUGCUCCUAUACGUUUCCACUUCACAGUAACCGCACUUACAGGGAAGAAUAAUAAAGGAAAAUAUCAAUAUAUUUUUAAAUAAAGUGGCAACCUAUGUUGAAAGUCACAUAGCUCUUCAGUAAGGCCAUUCUACUGACAAUGUUUGUCUGUGGAGAUUGUAUGGCUGUGUGUUCGAUUUUAUACACCUGUCAGCAAUGGGUGUGGCUGAAUUAGCAGAAUUUUAAGGGGUGUCCACAUACUUUAGUACAUAUAGUGUAUUUCACCACCAUAUAUUGAUAACUGUUUAGUGUAUAUACACAUACUGUACCACAUACUGAUAACCUCUGGUUGUUGUUUGUUUAGUGUAUUGACCAGCUGACGCUGGUGCAGGCGGAGCUGCAGGACUCUGUGAAGGAGCUGGCCAAGACCAGGAAGAAGUACCAGGAGACUGAGACCAUGGCCCAGACCGUCAGAGACAAGGCUGAGCAGGAUGCCAAGUAUGUACAGUACAUGCAGACACACACACACACUAUGUCCAAUCUAUAGCCUUGUGGAGAUCUGAGAGGAUCAGAUGGGUAAGAAAUCUGGUGACAAUUCCACCUAGCCUAUCAGAGGGCAAUGUGGAGCUAUUACCGUAAUGCUACAUAUCCAAUCCUCAGAUGUACAGGGGUGAAAAUGUAAGACUUUUGGUUGGAACCACUGGUCUUGUGGAACUCGGUUCACAUACAUGAUCCUUCUCUCCUUCUGUUCUGUCCAGGUCCAAACUGAGUCUGUUCCAGUCCAGGUCCAGUCUGCAGAGGGCCAGUGUAAAGGUGAGAGCAUUAAAUUAAUACAUUGGCCAUGACCACAAACUCAACUGCAUAGGGGAUUCUUUUUUUUUUAUGUUGUAGCAUCAACCUAUCAAACUAAUAUACUGACACAUGUGGAGUGUGUUUUUUAUUUUUUCACCAGCUGAAAGCCAAAAGGAGUGAGUGUAACUCCAAAGCCACCCACGCCAGGAAUGACUAUCUCCUCACGCUAGCCGCGGCUAACGCUCACCAGCAGCGUUACUACGACACGGACCUGAUCGACUGCAUCAAGGUGAGGCGUCAGCACACACACACACACACACACGUAUGGGGGCAUUCCAGGUCAUCUUUUUUUGCAGUCGUGCUGCAUAUCUCAGACGAUUGCUAUGUCAUAGUUAGCAUGGAACACAACCACUAAUGUACGAGUGAGUGAGAUGCUGGCUUAUUGCAGCUUUACUGAUCAAUUACAAGUUGUUAAGUUCCUAAGUUAUUUCCCUGUUGCCCUGUGCUCCUCAGGUUCUGGAUGGGGGCAUCUAUGAGCAGGUGAAAGACUACCUGGUCUCUCUGAGCCAGACGGAGUUGGAUGCCUACCAGGCUGUCCACGACACCUUCAAUGUCCUCCUGGAAAGCUCCAACGGGGUGAGGGCAUGGAAACUAGCCCACAUAUUAGCUUUCAUUGAACUAGCCUGCUACCAGAUCUGUUUGUGCCGUCUUGCCGACUCCUAAGGUCCUCAUGAGGAGAAUGCGCAGAAAUUGGUGUAACAGAGCUGGUUCAGUCACGUUUCCACAAGCUAAUGCCUAGGCUUUAGCUCAGAUGGCUAACAGUCUUGUGGCGUGCAGAAGACCCGGGUUUGAAACCUAGUCUGUCAUAUUCACAUUAAUGCCAUGGUUUAGGGCUUUGUUUUUCCAUCAAAGAUUUAGAGAUUACUAUUUACCUAUCCCAAUACUCUGUCGUGUUACUAGCUAUUCUGUUACCCCUCAGCUAUUGGCCUCUCUUAGUCCAGAGCUCUUGGGGUCAUCUAGCGUUUCUGUAACCCGACCUUGGUUUACAGUUAGCUUCCUAUCAGACCAGCGUGACCGUAUAUCUCUGGCGAGUCAGCGAGCUGCGGGCACUCUGUUUUUUAACAGUGGUCAGAUUUCGACCCGUUGACCCAUAUGAUUCCUCUUUCACUGUUACGCCACACAGCAGGCUGUGUGUGUGUGUGUGUGUGUGAGUGUGUGUUCACGGUCACCCUUAAGGUGACUGUGAAUGCUCCCCCAUGACUUUGGGUCACACUGCGCUCUGCUCUGACCGUCAGUGGUCCUUCGAUGGCCCUGACUUAAAUAAGAUCAGUGUGGUUGCCCUCCAAUGACAUAAUAAACUCUCAAAGGAUUGAGUAAAGCCUCUUCUGUCAUGAUAAUGAUAUGUUAUCUAUUCUAAUCCCUUCAUGCCUCUGUCAGAUUAUCAGAUGCCUCUAUUAUGAGGUUACCUAAACAAGUGUGUGCAUGUCUGUGUUCUCUCCAGGUGAUGCAGGACUUACACCAGCAGCAGUUUGUACAGCAGAACCCAGUGUUCCACAGUGCCCCAGCCAUCCUCUUCCAGCCCAGUGACACUGACAAGGUGGGUAGUAGUGCUAUGCUAACGCUACUGUUCUCAUGGAACGUGGUGGCUAGUGCUACGCUACACACUAGCUAUGCUAAAACUUCCUGCUCAUAGAACCACUGAUCAUUCCUCACUGCUAGGCUAGGCUAGCUAACUCGCUUUACCGUACAUGCUUCUGCGUCUGUGUAACCGAGUUGAAUAGGUAAGCUCACUCCUCAGCUUGAAAAAUGUAUGCACGCAUGACUGUAAGUCGCUUUGGAUAAAAGCGUCUGCUAAAUGGCAUAUUAUUAUUAUUAUUAUUAUAAAUGCCUCCACCUGCGCCAUCGAAUUGCUAGCUUUUUGGUGGCAAAGCUGGCUAAGGCAUUGCAAGACAGAGGGCGACAAGAUCAAUCUCAGUAGCGAACUUGUGAGAGAGGAAGCAAAGCUGUUAAACGACACAGUGACGGCUAUUACAUGUGGUGCAUGUGUGUUGGUGAGUGUGUGGAGCUUGUUUGUGUUGCACGCAGCUUUGUCUGUAUUUAUGGUGUGUAUGUGUGUAAGACCGAUGUGUGGGUAGCGCAUGUGUAUGGUGCACAUGUGUGUAUGACGUGCGUGUAUAUGGUGUGCCUGUGCGCCCCAGAGAUCCUGUGCCUUAGGAACCUGUUCUCUGUAGCAACCUGGUCCUCUGUAGCUCAAUUGGUAGAGCAUGGCGCUUGUAACGCCAGGGUAGUGGGUUCGAUCCCCGGGACCACCCAUAUGUAAAAAUAUGCACACAUGACUGUAAGUCGCUUUGGAUAAAAGCGUCUGCUAAAUGGCAUAUUAUUUAUAUUAUUUAUUUAUGUUCUCAGCUGACCCAGUCAGUCGUCUGCCCGCCAGUGCACUCGUCCGCACCCUCCUCCACCCGCUCCCCUCCUCCUCACAUCCGAUCCGCCCCUCCUCUACACUGGACAAAUUGUUAGAAACCUCCAAGGCCUUCGUUGUUGUUUUCGUUGGAAGUCAAACAAGCGCUGGCCUGUUCCUAAAGAAAACAUUUAGUGAUGCAGUUGCCUCCUCCACCUCCCUCAAACCCACCCCCCCUUUCCCCUCCCUGUGCGAGACGACGGAGGGAUCCGGAAAAGAACUGCACUGAAAGAGGGGCCGUAGGGGGGUGGGGGCGUUUUGCAGGAAGGCAGGACCAUGGACGGCGUAGGCAUCUGUGAAAAGGGGGCAUUGUAAGGGGGCCUCGUCAGUGUGCUCACUCCUACCCCCUCCCCCCCUCCCCCACUGCCUGCCUCAGCCUCUAACAGGAACUAGGUGUGGCUCUACUCUCCUUCACUGAUUUAUGGGCCUUACGUACGGUCCACACUGAACAACACUGUUUCUCUUUCUCCCCCUCCCUCCUCUAACGUAACUCGGCGCUCCACCUGUGGUGCUCUUUUUCCCUCUUCAACCUGUAGUUGGAAAAACCUUAUUUUUAGCACAUUCAGUUAAUCUGCCAUUUGGACUGUGUUUAUUCUUAUGUCAAGGCUCAGAGGUUUGAAGUCAGCUCUGUGCACAUGAAGCAUACCAGGGAUCAUCAGUCAUGGGGGUUGACCUAUACACUUCCUGAGGAGAGGUGAGACCAAACCUCCUGGUCCUGUUGUGUGUGUCCAUCAUCCCAACCAGCCAGGGUUGUUCAUUAGUGUGCAAUGGAAAACAUUUGAAAUCAUUUUGUAUCCGGAAACGAGAAUAAGUCUUUCUUAUUAGACAAGUCUAGGGUUAUCCAUCCCUGUUUCAGUACAUUUUCUUCCGUUUGGUGGAUAAUGAACAAAUAGCAUUACAGAACGUUCUGAUAGAAAUGUACUGUAUAGAACAUAUAUGUUUGUCUGUCAUGUAGACUAAAGAACCGUGUCAGCUCUAUUCGUUCCAUUUCUAUUUUGCGAUGUUCAGAACAUAUCACAUUACUGAGUACACCCCAGAAUCCAGUCUGGUCCAGUGUGGCCUGGAAUGAGACUUCAGGCCUUGGAGAGGGGUUUUGGAGAGAAAUAAGCACAGGAUUUUCCCAUAUUAAUCUGGAAUUCCUGUUUUUCUGAUCAUCCUCUAAUCCUAUUUUAUUGGAAUCGACUAACCCCCAAACCAAUAUUCUAAGUUUCACGAUUUUCAGUGUUAUCCUGAUAACAUCCCUGAUUUCGAGACAUUGCCUCUCAUCCCAAAGGGGCGCAUGGAUUGGCUGUUUGUCUCUUGUGAGGUCAUUCAUAGGAAGUAUUUUUUCCUCGGUUGUUUUCCUUUUGACACCAACACAUGGUUUGUUUGGCCGUCUGCCUCAGUAGUGGGAUUCAGUAGUUUUACUACGACACCAGUCUCCCGAGUGGCGCAGUGGUCUAAGGCACUGCAUCGCAGUGCUAGCUGUGCCACUAGAGAUCCUGGUUCGAAUCCAGGCUCUGUCGUAGCCGGCCGCGACCGGGAGACCCAUGGGGCGGUGCACAAUUGGCCCAGCGUCGUCCAGGGUAGGGGAGGGAAUGGCCGGCAGGGAUGUAGCUCAGUUGGUAGAGCAUGGCGUUUGCAACGCCAGGGUUGUGGGUUCGAUUCCCACGGGGGGCCAGUAUGAAUAAAAAUAAUAAUGUAUGCACUCACUAACUGUAAGUCGCUCUGGAUAGGAGCGUCUGCUAAAUGACUAAAAUGUAAAAUGUAAAUGUAUCAGAAAUCUCAUUUAAUAAUAUUUGCCAACAUCCACCCUCAAACGGAUAUCUGCUCCAAAAUCUUUCCGUAAAUAUGGAACAAAAAUAUAAACGCAACAUGCAACAAUUUCAAAGAGUUUACUGGGUAACAGUUCAUAUAAGGAAAUCAGUCAAUUGAAAUAAUGUAAUUAGGCCCUAAUCUAUGGAUUUCACAUGACUGGGAAUACAGAUAUGCAUCUGUUGCUCACAGAUACCUUAAAAAAGGUAGGGGCGUUGAUCAGAAAACCAGUCAGUAUCUGGUGUGACCACCAUUUGCCUCAUGCAGCACGACACAUCUCCUUCGCAUAGAGUUGAUCAGGCUGUUGAUUGUGGCCUGUGGAAUGUUGUCCCACUCCUGUUCAAUGGCUGUGCAAAGAUGCUGGAUAUAUGAGGUGUUGGCGGCGGAUUAAUGGCACGACAAUGGGCCUCAGGAUCAGGUCACGUUAUCUCUGUGCAUUCAAAUUGCCAUCAAUAAAAUGCAAUUGUGUUCGUUGUCCAUAACUUAUGCCUGCCCAUACCAUAACCCCACCGCCACCAUGGGGCACUCUGUUCACAACAUUGACAUCAGCAAACCACUUGCCAACACGACAACAUACACGCUGUCUGCCAUCUGCACGGUACAGUUAAAACCGGGAUUCAUCCGUGAAGAGCACACUUCUCCAGCAUGCCAGUGGCCAUCGAAGGUGAGCAUUUGCCUACUGAAGUCGGUUAAGACGACGAACUGCAGUCAGGUCAAGACCCUUGUGAGGACGACGAGCACGCAGAUGAACUUCCCUGAGACGGUUUCUGACAGUUUGUGCAGAACUUAUUCGGUUUUGCAAACCCAUAAUUUCAUCAACUGUACGGGUGGCUGGUCUCAGACGAUCCUGCAGGUGAAGAAGCCGGAUGUGGAGGUCCUGGGCUGGCGUGGUUACAAGUGCUCUGCAGUUGUGAGGCCGGUUGGACGGUCUGCCAAAUUCUCUAAAUGACGUUGGAGACGGCUUAUAGUAGAGAAAUGAACAUUAAUUUAUCUGACAACAGCUCUGGUGGACAUUCCUGCAGUCAGCAUACCAAUUGAACGCUCCCUCAAAAGUUGAGACAUCUGUGGCAUUGUGUUGUGUGACUAAACUGCAAAUUUUUAAGUGCCCUUAUAUUGUCCCCAGCACAAGGUGCACGUGUAAUGAUCAUGCUGUUUAAUCAGCUUCUUGAUGUGCCACACCUUUCAGGUGGAUGGAUUGUUUUGGCAAAGGAGAAAUGCUCACUAACAGGGAUGUAAACAAAUGUGUGCACAACAUAUUAGAGAAAUAAGCGUAUAGAACAUUUCUGGUGUCUUUUUAUUUCAGCUCAUGAAACAUGGACCAACACUUUACAUGUUGCGUUUUUAUAUUUUUGUUCUGUAUAUUUUUGACCUAUUGCGAUACACGCACAGACAGAGACACACAAACACGAUGUUUAGCUGAAUAUUAUCAGACUAUUAAACGCUGUCUUUCUCUCUACCCCAUCCAUCAUCCCUGGUCACUAGGUGGGGCAGCUGCAGAAGGAGAGUGGCACAGCGGAGGAGCACAGUCUGGAUAAGGAGGCACGGAAGUGGGCGACUCGAGUGGCACGAGAACACAAGAGCAUCAUCCACAGCCAGCGGGUGAGAGGAAGGAAGGGAAAGGGUAGGAAAGGAAGAGGGAGGGGAUAGUUCUAUCUAUUCUAGCGAUGUAACGAUUCAGAGAUAUGCAUCUGUCCCCGAUUUAAAAAAAGAUAUAUAUAUAUAUAUAUAUAAUAAAGAUACGAUUGCAUCGGUCCGCGACUCCCAACAGAUCCAAAUGUAGCAUGCAUCAGUCAGAAAAACCAUUCAAACAUUAGGAAUCGAUGAUUCACAUUGUUUUUUGCUCAUAUUACUUUCGAAAGUGCCUCAUAUUUUGUGACAAAGAAUGCGUCCUCUCCUUCAGUGUUGAACUAAGCAUGUAACUGUGUUGACAGUCAUUGAUCUCUACAAGGUAUUUUGUAUGCUGAACAACACCGGGGAAUAUCAGUAGCCUAGUCAAACUGCGCACUGUGAUCAGCUUCGCACGCUGACCAAUGCGAGGUAGGCAGCCUGUUCCUGGUUCCUGGAUAUGCUUGAGUAAAAGUAAAGAUACCUUAAUAGAAAAUAACUCAAGUAAAAGUGAAAGUCACCCAGUAAAAUACUACUUGAGUAAAAGUCUAAAAGUAUUUGGUUUAAAAUAUACUUAAGUAUCAAGUUAAAGUGUAAAUCAUUUCAAAUUCCUUAUAUUAAGCAAACCAGAUGGCACCAUUUAUUUUUAUUUUUUAUUUACAGACAGCCAGGGGCACACUCCAACACUCAGACAUAAUUUACAAACGAAGCAUGUGUGUUUAGUGAGUCCGCCAGAUCAGAGGAAGUGGGGAUGACCAGGGAUGUUCUCUUGAUAAGUGCGUGAAUUGGACCAUUUUCCUGUCCUGCUAAGCAUUAAAAAUGUAACGAGUACUUUUGGGUGUCAGCGAAAAUGUAUGGAGUAAAAAGUACAUUAUUUUCUUUAGGAAUGUAGUGAAGUAAAAGUAAAGGUUGUCAUAAAUAUUAAUAUUAAAGCUAAGUACAGAUACAAAAAAACACAUUUAAGUAGUACUUUAAAGUAUUUUUACUUAAGUACUUUACACCACUGUACAGGGUAAAGUUUAUAAUUUCAUAACGAGGACAUAAAUCACUUUGCGAGGCGUACUGCAUGGCCAAAGCAGGAGGAGAAAAGAAGCUCACUAAAAACUUCAAAACGGUCAAAACCAUUCGAUUUUGAGAUGGAGGUUAAAUCCAAAAUGGUGCUAUAUAUUCAUUGGCUAUGUCAUAGCUAAUUUGUAAACAAUAAAUAUAUAUUACUAGCUCAAACACUUAAUCUGCAAAAAUGACAAGUUAAUUAGUGGGUGAUGGACAUUUUCAGAACCGAAGUGGGGGGGACAAAAAUAUAGGUAGUGGGGUGAUAGAUGCCUAGUCUCACUUAUGGCACAGAUCAGGUGCCUACAGUAAAUACACCAUAGACAUACAUAAUUUACGCACACACACACACACACACACACACUCACAGAUCCAGCUCAGAGAGGCCCAGGUCAUGAGCUCCAUCAACAAUCCCCAUAGGGCGCUGGUGAAAAGUAGUGUACUAUAUAGGGAAUAGGGUGCCAUUUCAGACACAGCCAUUGAGAUUGGUUUGUUCUCUACAUGUUAUCUGUGACCUUUUAGGCCCUGGAGGACUAUAGGACACAGCAGGGGCCAUCGGAGCAGAACCGCAGCGAGCUGGAGCUGAAGAUGGAGGAGGCCAGGGAGAACCUGCGGAGAGCAGAGGUAAACUUGUGUGUGUGUGUGGCGAUGGUGAGUAGGACUCACGCUGUCAUGAUAAGGUAACCCUGCCUGUGACUUAAAAUCUGCCAAAAAGGGAAUGUUUAAGACGUUGGUGUCUCGAGCCAGAGACCGGAGUUCAGAUCCCACCAGUUACAUGCUUGUGUGUGUGAUCCCUAACUGAGGUUGGUAUAUCAGUGGGCCAGUAGGUUGUCUCACUUCAGCCUCUCUUGCCUCUGAUUCCCCCUGCUGGUUGAUGAGGCAGACUACAUCCAACAUGUAGUUCUGAUGGAGCUUCUUAUGAGAGCAUAUUAUAACAUGAUGACUGACAGUUUUUCCAGAAGUCCCAGUGGAAAGAUUGCUGGAAUUAGGAGGGAAUAAGCAAGAAAUUCGUAAUAUGACAAACAUGACAAAACAUAUGAUGAUGUUAUUAACUCCAGACGGUGAAGCUGAAGGCAGAGGCUCGCCUGGCCCUGCUGAGAGAGGCAGGCGUCACUGUGGAGACGUGGCUGAAGAGCGCCAUGAACCAGGUGAUGGAGGAGCUGGAGAACGAGCGGUGGGCUAACCUGAACACCCAUGAUCCGUCACUCUCCGUGAGUCAUAAAACACAUUGAAAGACGAGACAAAAAUGCAAAUUUUCUCACAUCUUUGUGCAUACACAUCAACAUUUUCCAUUUUGUCCCCUGUACCUGCCUACUGAAAUUUCUCGGGCUCAGGUAAAUCACAUGAUAAGGAAACUGGGGUGUUUCUUUAAAGCACUGUUUCUCAACCUUAAAGGAAAGGUUCACCCGUUUUUUAUGUUAUAUUGUUUUUGUGCAUCUCUGAGUGAUGUUCUAUCGAUUCCCUGGGUCAUUUCAUGUUUUCAUGUGUGUCUGAGUUAUUGGCGUUCAAGCAGGCAGAAAUCUGGCCGGUAUGACGUAGAACUGUGACGUAGUCGCUCUCACUACACUGGACGUUAAUAGGAAUACGACUUUUAAAUCGCGAAAACGUCUAUCAUACAUGUCAGAUUUCAAUACUGGCCAAUGUCAUAACUCCGGGAGGAUGUAUUCUCUCGAAUGAGCCAUUGAUCAUAUAUAUAUAUAUAUAUUAUUUUUUUUUCUCGAUAUUACUACCUCGAGAAAUGUGUAAUUUAACGGAGGGUCUAGUACAUUUUGCCUAUUUGUCCGCUUCAUUAGUCCAGGGUUCACUGCAUGGUGCCGUUGCCAGAGAUAUUAUAGAAAGGAGAUAGGAAUCCAAUGAAUGAAGGAACGUAAAACGCCCCACCCAGCCGACUGUCGACCAAUCGCGUUCACGUUGUUGCGUACGCGGUUGCUAAGCUAAUCAUCAUGCAAUCCCUUCUCAAAGUCAGUGUAUAUGUUGAGAAACGUGGCUAUUUUUCUCAAGUAAGUAAUGUCACGAUUCCAAAGCUAUAUGAUAUGACAGAUAGCAAGUUAAUUAUCUCACAUCUCGGAAAAUAUUUUCAAUGUUGUACUUCUUGUUGACAAAAUUCGUGCUAAUGUUGGGUUUUUGAGCUAGCGCCCAAUAUACUCCCAUUCACUCCUUGAAGGAGAGCUCUCCUUGUCCUAGAAUCGGCCAGAAUGCACCUCGCUGCCCAUCGAUGUAGCAUGGGCAACGUUUCCAAUCUCCUCAAAAGUAUAUUUGCCGUUGUGAAUGUUGGACUCCGCUCUGUGAGGCACAUCGAUCUGCAGGUUGAACAUGGUUGUAGACUCCUAAAUUGAUAGUGCAGUUCUAGGCGAUUUUACCACUAACUAGCUACUUUACAUGCUGAUAUUGUCUUUGGAAUUAUUGUGUUUAGCUACGUUUGCUAGCUACGUAGCUAGCCAGCCAAUAGAGAGAACAUUGCAUUUUGGAUUUUGUAGUCGACUUGAGCUGCAACAGAUUUCCACAACGAUUUUCCAUGUUGCUACCAACCUUAUUAUAACGGCAAAAUGAAACAUUUGUUGACAAAAAAUAUUGUUCUCACAUAUUAGUGUUAUUUUACACUGUAAAUUACAGGGGGAAAAAGAGGACUGAGCACGCCCCCAUUCUCAUCGACGGGGCUGUAGUGGAACAGGUUGAGAGCUUCAAGUUCCUUGGUGUCCACAUCACCAACGAACUAUCAUUACAUUUUUACAUUUUACAUAUUUAGCAGACGCUCUUAUCCAGAGCGACUUACAGUUAGUGAAUACAUAUUUUUGUAUUUUUUUUGUAAUACUGGCCCCCCAUGGGAAUCGAACCCACAACCCUGGCGUUGCAAACGCCAUGCUCUAUCAACUGAGCUACAUCCCUGCCGGCCAUUCCCUCCCCUACCCUGGACGACGCUGGGCCAAUUGUGCGUCGCCCAUGAGUCUCCCGGUCGCGGCCGGCUGCGACAGAGCCUGGAUUCGAACCAGGAUCUCUAGUGGCACAGUUAGCACUGCGAUGCGGUGCCUUAGACCACUGCGCCACUCAGGAGAUCCAAACACACCAUGGUCCAAACACACCAAGACAGUCGUGUAGAGGGCACGACAAAGCCUAUUCCCCUCAGGAGACUGAAAAGAUUUGGCAUGGGUCCUCAGAUCCUCAAAAAGUUAUACAGCUGCACCAUCGAGAGCAUCCUGACUGGUUGCAUCAUCGCCUGGUAUGGCAACUGCUCGGCCUCCGACCGCAAGGCACUACAGAGGGUAGUGCGUAUGGCCCAGUACAUCACUGGGGCCAAGCUUCCUGCCAUCCAGGACUUCUAUACCAGGCGGUGUCAGAGGAAGGCCCUCAAAAUUGUCAAAGCCUCCAGCCACCCUCGUCAUAGACUGUUCUCUCUGCUACCGCACGGCAAGCGGUACCGGAGCGCCAAGUCUGGGUCCAAAAGGCUUCUCAACAGCUUCUACCCCCAAGCCAUAAGACUCCUGAACAGCUAAUCAUGGCUACCCAGACUAUUUGCACUGCCCCCCCUCCCCCAACCCCUAUUUUACGCUGCUGCUACUUUGUUUAUUAUUUAUGCAUAGUCUUUAACUCUACCCACAUGUACAUAUGACCUCAAUUACCUCGACUAGCCGGUGCCCCCGCACAUUGACUCUGCACCGGUACCCCCCUGUAUAUAGCCUCCCUACUGUUAUUUUAUUUUAAUGCUGCUCUUUAGUUAUUAGCUUUUAUUUUUUAACUUAACACUAUUAUAUAUAUUUUUUUUUCUUAAUUAAAAAAAAUUCAUUGUUGGUUAAGGGCUUGUAAGUAAGCAUUUCACUGUAAUGUCUACACCUGUUGUAUUCGGCACAUGUGGCAAAUAACAUUUGAUUUGAUUUGGAAUUAGUGGUUUUGGGUGGAUUUUUCCUUUAAGGAGUGUGUUGUGUUUGAGAUUGACUAGCCUUGUGAAACCAGACUGACCGCUGACUGCAUGUGAGCUUGAGAUCAGGCUGGUUUAACAAGGCUACUGAUUUUGCAGUUAGAUUGCGCAGAAUCACUGAUUUACAAAUCACCUUGCAUCCCAAAUAACUUCUCACUCUGUGAUCAAAAGUAUCGAUUCUGUGGUUUGCCUUGCUCCAAGUGAUCCCAUCCAACCUGCCGUGUGUGUGUCUUUAGGGUACAGCUGACCUGGAGAGAGAGGAGGAGGAUGAGGAGCUGGAGGAUAGUGGAGAGGUGUUGGACGACAGCAGCUCCAGCCCCUCCUGUACCCUCAGGAACUACCCCCUCAACUGCAAAGUGCUCUACUCAUACAAGGUAUACACACACACACGCACACAGUGUAGUCCUAUUCUCACCUUUGAGCUUGCAAUCAACCCAGCGCCUUGGAUGCGAUGCAAUAUGGUACCGUACCUCGUACCAUAUAAGUCCUUUUGAGCACUUCAGCACGCAUUAUAAUAUUCAAAUUCAGACUUCACAAAUACAGCUCCAACAUACAAUAUGGACGACAAUAUCUUAACUGGGGCAGUCUAGCAGUAAUGAAACAUGACCUCCUUCCUCUCCCAGGCGUCUCAGCCAGAUGAGCUGACCAUCGAGGAACAGGAGGUGCUGGAGGUUAUCGAUGAUGGGGACAUGGAGGACUGGGUCAAGGUACAGAGUGCUUUCCAAAAGUGGCACUACUUCACUGUUUGCGUUUAAACUCGAAUAAAGCAAGUGGUACUCUAAAGUCAUCAUAUGCCUACACACCAGGGGUUGUGUUCAAUAGGGAUAUAUUUUUUUUUUUAUGGAGUGAAAUGGGGAGGUUUUAGUUUUGUUGUCCAUUGCAAAACAUUUUACUGUGGUGUGCCCUACUAUCACUGACUGGUAACCCUGUGUGUGUGUUCCAACAUUGUCUCUAGGCCAGGAACCGGAUGGGCCAGGUGGGCUACGUCCCGGAGAAGUACCUGCAGCUGCCCUCGUCCAACAGCCUACUGAGCAUGCUCCAGUCUCUGGCCGCACUGGACGCCCGCUCCCACUCCUCCAGCAACUCCACCGAGCCCGAGCUGCUCGAGUCAGAGCUGCCCACGCCGGGCACACCCAGCAUCAACGGCGACUCCAGCAGUGGUGAGAGACACAGCGAAUUUGGGUGAAACUAUCAGAGUGGCAUGACUCAACAUUCUCACAGGGGUGAAUCCUGAACUUCACUUAAAUCAGAUUUUCACUUAGUCAUGCAUUGAUGUCAAUGGGAGAUGAGAGGAAACUGGACUUAAGUAAAAGUUAGGAUUCGCACCACACAGAAUAAACACGUAUACAUAUGUAAUACAGGCAAUGUCAUUGAGAUCAUUCAGAUGUGUUGUGACAUUUUUUUUCCUCCCUGUCUUUCCAUUUCGAUCUCUUACUCCGUGCUUUUACUAUCUUUCCACUCCCCUUUUCACCCCAUCUCUCUCCCCCCUCUCCCUCCCUCAGUGUGCUUUGCCAAGGCCCUGUACGACUACGCGGGCCAGACGGACGAGGAGCUCUCGUUCCCCGAGGGUGCCAUCAUCCGCGUGCUGAGCCGCGAAACCCACGAGGACGACGGCUUCUGGGAGGGCGAGUUUAACGGCGCCGUGGGCGUCUUCCCCGCCGUGCUGGUGGAGGACCUGCUGGCGGUGGGCGGCGCCAGUGCAGACGGCGAGAAUGGCGACAGCCUGGGAGAGGCCAGCAGCAGCGCGCAGGUACACACACAUAUGCACCCACCCUAGGAGCUGUUUACACACGUGAAUGAAUGAAUGGACACUUAAAACCGGUUUAAACCUUAUCCUGUAAAACAUACUUUCCAUGGAGAUUUUCUGUUGAGAAUGAUUUUUUAAAUCCAGGACCAAGCUUAAUCUUGGUGCGGGAAACCGGCCUUUAGAUGCACACUCUACAAUCACAAAAUGCAUGCCGAAGUUCUCGCUCACGAUAUACAGGUAAAAGUCAGUAAAUUAGAAUAUUUUGAAAAACUUGAUUUAUUUCAGUAAUUGCAUUCAAAAGGUGUAACUUGUACAUUAUAUUUAUUCAUUGCACACAGACUGAUGCAUUCAAAUGUUUAUUUCAUUUAAUUUUGAUGAUUUGAAGUGGCAACAAAUGAAAAUCCUAAAUUCCGUGUGUCACAAAAUUAGAAUAUUGUGUAAGGGUUACAUUUUGAAGACACCUGGUGCCACAAAAUAAUCAGCUGAUUAACUCAAAACACCUGCAAAGGGCUUUAAAUGGUCUCUCAGUCCAGUUCUGAAGCCUACACAAACAUGGGGAAGACUUCAGAUUUGACAGCUGUCCAAAAGGCGACCAUCGACACAUUGCACAAGGAGGGAAAGACACAAAAGGUUAUUGCAGAAGAGGCUGGCUGUUCUCAGAGCUCUGUGUCCAAACACAUUAAUAGAGAGGCAAAGGGAAGGAAAAACUGUGGUCAGAAAAAGUGUACAAGCGAUAGGGAUCACCGCGCCCUAGUCAAGAUUGUGAAAAAAAAACCAUUCAAAAAUGUGGGGGAGAUUCACAAGGAGUGGACAGCUGCUGGAGUCAGGGCUUCAAGAUCCACCACCAAGAGACGCUUGAAAGACAUGGGUUUCAACUGCCGCAUACCUCGUGUCAAGCCACUGUUGACCAAGAAACAGCGCGAAAAGCGUCUCACCUGGGCUAAGGAAAAAAAGAGCUGGACUGCUGCUGAGUGGUCUAAAGUCAUGUUUUCUGACGAAAGCAAAUUUUGCAUUUCCUUUGGAAAUCGAGGUCCCAGAGUCUGGAGGAAGACAGGAGAGGCACAGGAUCCACGUUGCCUGAAGUCUAGUGUAAAGUUUCCACCAUCAGUGAUGGUUUGGGGUGCCAUGUCAUCUGCUGGUGUCGGUCCACUCUGUUUCCUGAGAUCAAGGGUCAACGCAGCCGUCUACCAGCAAGUUUUAGAGCACUUCAUGCUUCCUGCUGCUGACCUGCUCUAUGGAGAUGGAGAUUUCAGGUUCCAACAGGACUUGGCGCCUGCACACAGCGCAAAAUCUACCCGUGCCUGGUUUACGGACCAUGGUAUUUCUGUUCUAAAUUGGCCAGCCAACUCCCCUGACCUUAGCCCCAUAGAAAAUCUGUGGGGUAUUGUGAAAAGGAAGAUGCAGAAUGCCAGACCCAACAACGCAGAAGAGUUGAAGGCCACUAUCAGAGCAACCUGGGCUCUCAUAAACACCUGAGCAGUGCCAGAAACUCAUCGACUCCAUGCCACGCCGCAUUAAUGCAGUAAUUGAGGCAAAAGGAGCUCCAACCAAGUAUUGAGUAUUGUACAUGCUCAUAUUUUUCAUUUUCAUACUUUUCAGUUGGCCAACAUUUCUAAAAAAUCCCUUUUUUGUAUUAGCCUUAAGUAAUAUUCUAAUUUUGUGGCACACGGAAUUUUGGAUUUUCAUUUGUUGCCACUUCAAAUCAUCAAAAUUAAAUGAAAUAAACAUUUGAAUGCAUCAGUCUGUGUGCAAUGAAUAAAUAUAAUGUACAAGUUACACCUUUUGAAUGCAAUUACUGAAAUAAAUCAAGUUUUUCAAAAUAUUCUAAUUUACUGACUUUUACCUGUACAUCCUCAUCCAAAUAAUAGUAAUCAAUAUAUUACUGUUUUAUUUCAUUCUGUGGUGAACAUUGUCUUUCAGGUGUCCCCCUCUCCUCUUUCUGAGUGCUCCCCACGGAGCCUCUUUCAGAUGGGCCCGUUCCACAGCAGCCCCCUCCAGACCCCCACUCUGCCCUCACUCCAGUCCAGCCCCUCCAGUGCCAACGCCUCCCCCAUAUCUCGCCCACCCUCCUACAUCAACGGCCACCAUAGGCCACCGCCUGCACCACUCAAAAGCCCCUUGCAGAGUAAGAACCACUCCUCAAAGGCUGACUAUUUAUUACUUGGCUUUCGAAAUGUUAUCGCAUUGAACAUAAUUCAUUGCCUGGUCCCAAAUCUGUUUUGUGCUGUAUAAUAGUCUGUGGCAUGACAGCAAAACCAGAUCUGUUGGCAAGACUGCAAAACCAGAUCUGGGACCAGGCUACGUUAUUUAUCAUAUUAAAUGCAUACAAAAUAGUUCAUGUAUAAAAGUAGUAAUAAACAACAGCAUGGAUUUUAAAAAUCCUAAUUCUGAGAGACAUAUCUGGGUUGUGUUCGUUAGAGCACAAUGUCACGAUCCUGUAGUGCUUUCUUGUGGUUUCUAAGCCAAGACGUGGUGCUGAUGAUUCUGUCUGCCUUCCUCACCCUCAGGUCCUUCCCAGAGCUCCACCCAGCCCCCCAGGUACCCAGCAGAUUGUGGUGCGGGGGGCACCAUUCGACCUGUAAGUCACCACAUAAACAUACACAUGCUUCUGUAAGCUAAUGAAAAGCAUCAUAAAUACUGUAUGGAUACUGACCCUUGUCCUGUUUGAUAAGACACACUUGUUGUAUUUUGUCGAGGCUCCACUUGGAGCUCAAAGAAAUAACUAGUUCUAUGUUGUGGACAGGUCCGUGCUGCUCCGCCGCCCCCCAAGCCGCAGCAGCCUCGCGGCCAGGUGAAGAGAAGGGAGGAGGUGGAGAUCACGCUGGUGUAACGGCGCUGCCUUGGUGGCGGUGGCUGCUUCCCACAACCAUACCAGAUCAGAACGGACCUGGUGGAUCCAGGUUCCCCGACCGACUGACCCCCCUCUUCCAGGGAGGGACAACGGGCUCCAGAGCCCCUGAACCAGCCUCCCCAGCCAGGGAAUAUCCCCACUCCCCACUGGAGAGGCUCCAUGAGGGGGCCUGA